UGGGCCGUAGCCCUCCCCGCCCCGCCGACCGCGGUCACACACUCGGAGCCUCCCCGUGAGCGGGAGCGCGGCGCACGGCGAUGCGCCGAGGCUGGCGCUGAGGCGGCGCCGCGCGAGCAGCAGCAGAGGCGGCGGCGGCCCCCAGCCCAGCCCGGCGCCGCCGCCGAGCCCGGGCCCCAAGGUGUGGCGGCGCCCCAAGUUCCCGCCAUGAGCAGCCGGCUCGGGGGGCUCCGCGGCCCCGGGGACUCCCGCCCCGCCGAGGGCGACCGCAGCGCCCCGCGGCCCCGACGCGCUUAACGCUGCGGCUCGCCGGUCCCACCACCGCCGCCUCCGCCGCCGCUCGCGUCCUCGCCGCCACCGCCUCGGCCGCUGCAGCGCCGCCGGCAGCAUGUCUCGAAGGAAGAUUUCGUCCGAGUCCUUCAGCUCCCUGGGCUCCGACUACCUGGAGACCAGCCCGGAGGAGGAGGGGGAGUGCCCCCUGUCUAGGCUCUGCUGGAAUGGCAGCCGGAGCCCGCCCGGGCCGCCGGAGCCCAGCGCGGCCGCCGCUGCCGCUGCCGCCGCCGCCGCCGCCCCAGCCCCGGCUGCUUCUGCCGCCGCCGCCGCCGCCACGGCCGGGGCCAGGAGGGUGCAGCGCCGGAGGCGGGUCAACCUGGACUCGCUGGGCGAGAGCAUCAGCCGCCUGACGGCGCCCUCGCCUCAGACGAUACAGCAAACUCUCAAGAGGACACUGCAGUAUUAUGAACAUCAAGUUAUUGGUUACAGGGAUGCAGAAAAGAAUUUCCACAAUAUCUCUAACAGAUGCUCCUAUGCAGAACACUCCAACAAAGAAGAAAUCGAAGAUGUCUCAGGAAUUCUUCAGUGUACUGCUAAUAUACUCGGUUUGAAGUUUGAGGAAAUUCAAGAAAGAUUUGGUGAAGAGUUCUUUAAUAUAUGCUUUCAUGAGAAUGAGAGAGUCCUUCGAGCUGUAGGUGGCACUUUGCAGGACUUUUUUAACGGCUUUGAUGCUUUGUUGGAACACAUUAGAACUUCUUUUGGAAAACAGGCCACUCUGGAGUCACCCUCUUUCCUAUGCAGAGAGCUUCCUGAAGGCACUCUCAUGCUCCACUACUUCCACCCUCACCAUAUUGUGGGGUUUGCAAUGCUGGGGAUGAUUAAGGCUGCAGGAAAGAAGAUCUAUCGGCUGGACGUGGAAGUGGAACAGGUUGCAAAUGAGAAGCUAUGCUCUGAUGUUUCAAACCCAGGCAAUUGUAGCUGUCUUACUUUCCUUAUCAAAGAAUGUGAAAAUACUAAUAUCACGAAGAACCUUCCACAGGGAACCUCCCAAGUUCCUGCGGACCUCAGAAUUAGCAUCAACACCUUCUGCAGAGCCUUCCCUUUCCACUUGAUGUUUGACCCCAGCAUGUCAGUCCUUCAGCUGGGGGAAGGUCUAAGGAAGCAGCUUCGAUGUGACACUCACAAAGUGCUCAAGUUUGAGGACUGCUUCGAGAUUGUGUCUCCAAAGGUUAAUGCCACCUUUGAAAGGGUCCUACUGCGACUGUCUACCCCGUUUGUGAUUAGAACCAAGCCUGAGGCUUCUGGCUCUGAAAAUAAAGACAAGGUGAUGGAAGUCAAAGGACAAAUGAUCCAUGUUCCGGAAUCAAAUUCCAUUUUAUUUUUGGGCUCUCCAUGUGUGGACAAGUUGGAUGAACUCAUGGGCCGAGGGCUACAUCUCUCAGACAUCCCUAUCCAUGAUGCCACCCGAGAUGUCAUUUUGGUUGGUGAGCAGGCAAAGGCCCAAGAUGGCUUGAAGAAAAGGAUGGAUAAAUUAAAGGCAACUUUAGAAAGAACUCACCAGGCCCUGGAAGAAGAGAAAAAGAAGACAGUGGAUCUUCUAUAUUCUAUUUUCCCUGGCGAUGUAGCCCAGCAAUUGUGGCAAGGGCAGCAAGUACAGGCCAGAAAGUUUGAUGAUGUCACCAUGCUCUUUUCAGACAUUGUUGGCUUCACAGCCAUAUGUGCCCAGUGUACUCCCAUGCAAGUAAUCAGCAUGCUGAAUGAACUGUACACCAGAUUUGACCACCAGUGUGGAUUUUUGGAUAUUUAUAAGGUGGAAACAAUAGGUGAUGCCUACUGUGUUGCAGCAGGGCUCCACAGAAAAAGCCUCUGCCAUGCUAAACCCAUUGCUCUGAUGGCCUUGAAGAUGAUGGAACUUUCGGAAGAGGUGCUGACACCUGAUGGAAGACCAAUUCAGAUGAGGAUAGGAAUUCACUCGGGCUCCGUGCUGGCUGGAGUUGUUGGGGUGCGAAUGCCACGUUAUUGCCUGUUUGGAAAUAAUGUCACGCUGGCAAGCAAAUUCGAGUCAGGAAGUCACCCUCGGCGCAUCAAUGUCAGCCCAACCACUUACCAAUUAUUAAAACGGGAAGAAAGUUUUACAUUCAUUCCGCGGUCUCGUGAAGAGCUUCCAGACAACUUUCCAAAGGAAAUUCCUGGGAUCUGCUAUUUCCUGGAGGUAAGGACUGGUCCAAAGCCACCAAAGCCUUCUCUUUCUUCGUCGAGAAUAAAAAAGGUUUCCUACAACAUCGGCACCAUGUUCCUCCGGGAGACAAGCCUCUGAGACCUGCUACAGAACAAAGACUCCUCCAAAAAGCACAAGCCCAGAACAUGGGUCACCACAGCGGGGGUGGAAAGAGAUUGUGUCUCUUUCAUUGCUUUGUUGAGAACAAGCAGCAAAAUUUCUGUAUUAUGUCAGGCAAUAAUCCUACUAAAAGGUGGAGGUGACCGCUGUCAAUACAAAGCCGGAGGAUGAGGGAAAUAAGAUGUGUCCAUUCAUAUGAGUGUUUUUGGUCAUAUAUAUAUACAUAUAUUUUAAUUACAAGUGUGGGUCCCCUUUCAGAACUAACCAAUAAAUAGAUUCCAUGUUUUCUUGUUUAUCACACAUACAAGUAUCUUUCCCUAUAUAUUUGUACCACUUUUGAGAGCCAGUUUUGAUUAUAUAUUCCUACAUUUAGUGAGUUGGUGGGUGAGGAAUAUUUUCUAAGUUUCUUUUUCUGAACAGACAUUUCAUACAUGUAUCAUGGCAGUGUGGUAAACUUCCCAACUGGAAGAAUUGUAACUCGGCAAAAUAUUUUAGGGAUAUUACCUAUUUUUAUACAUAUCUCUUCUAGAUAACUACAUUUCACACAACAUUAUUACAUUUUCAGAAUCUGCUUCUGUAUUGUUAGUAUAUUAUAUAAUACUAACCUAUUAAUCUAACAUAGUUUCCCUUAUUUAGAGAAAUCAGUGCUUGGACUGAGAAUACAUAUAACCAAGGAUUUCAGAUACCAAGAAAGCAUUCUAUGUCUGCUUAGUAAAUAUAUCUUAGAUUUAAUUAAUGUAGCAUGGAAUCCAGAGGAAAUGGAAUUUCCAAAUACCAGAUAUAUCUGUAACCAAGAUUGAAGAAAGGUCUUUUUGCCACCUUCUAACAAAUAUCAGUUAAAAUGAGAUGCUUUGCUACACUGGACCCUUUUCAACUUAGCACUUAUAUAGGUAGCUUUUGCAACACUAAACUAUAUUCUAAUAAACAGCAUUCAACUAAAUGACAUGUUAGUUACCCCCUUCCUUUUCCCCAGUUGAUGCCUCCUAAGAGCCGAAUGCUAUUCUUGAGAGCAAAUUCCUGGAUACUGGCAUUAGUGACAAAGAAGUGUCAGGACAUUUUGCCAAGAAUGUUGUUUCUUCUUGUACAACACAAAGCAAGGAAACCUCUGUAUUUUAUGGCUUUGAGGUUUUAAAAAAAUGUUCUGCAGUUUGAUUGAUACGGCUUUUAAAUUCAGUGAAUCACUUUCAUGAAUACUGAAGUAGCUAUAAUCUUCAGAACUAGUAAUCAUUAUAGUUACAGAUAGGAUUCCAUCGCAUGUCCUGCUCAAAUGAAGACCUGUUCUCAUUAAUCAAUACUGCAUGAAAAUAUUACUGGCUCACACUAAAAUUAGGAGCAUCAUGUGUCCAGAGUUUUCCUGUUUGGGAUCAAAUAUAAAAUCUAAGUUUCUAUUGAGGUUAAUAAACUGGAAACAUUUGUUUCCUUGAAACCUUGGAGAGGUCAUUUUCCUACUCAUUGAUAACUUAUGUCUAACUGAAUGCAAUAUUCUUUUCUGUUCAGGGAUUUUGGCUGCAUUAUGGUUUGGUUAUGACAUAACUCAGUUAAAGAACAUAUUUACUAAUUUCCAAUGUAGUCUAUGAGGCUUAUUUAAUGUUUUUAAAUUUUCUAUUUGUGUGGCUAGAAGGCAUUUGUAGAUAUGCAAAUAUUUGUUAUAAUCAUGAUCCCUUUUAUAAUUUGAGUUAUUUUCUUGCCCUGGGGGUUUAUAAGGGCACGAGUACAACACUCUUUAUGUGGAGAAGACAGGAAGUAGACCUUGAACUCUAAACCUUUGCCUGACCCCCUCUUCUGUGGGCCUGUGUCUCUGGACAAUGAGGAGGUUUACAGUCAGUAUGAGCAGAGCAGGCUGGGAGCCCCUCAAUCCUCAUGCUUAUAUUAGAAAAUGCCUUAGCAAUGUUGAUGGGCUCCUUGUAGCACUGGAGCAUGGGGAGAGAACAAGCUCACUGAUGUCGUUUAUUAUGUCUUCAGUAACUUAGAACUUAUUAUGGUAUAUUAAAUCAAUAAACAUGUUGGUGAUGAACAAUGAGUUCUGUAACCAUAAGGCUGAAAGGGACUUCCAGGAAUAUCCAAUCUAUUUCUCUCACUUUUUGUAAAGAUUUGUCUAAGCAACUACAAACACAUAUUUAUUCUCUCCAUACUUAAGAAUAUCUAUGGGAAGCAUAUUUGAAAAGCAUCAUUGGAAAUCCACCUCAUUACUAGUGAUAGGCCUGGAGAGAAGUAUUGUAUUUAUAUAUCUCAAUUUGUCAGAAGAAUCACAAAUUCUGUAUUAGUUUAUAUGAUUUGACUUAGAGAAGACGUAUCCAUUUACAUUGCCAUAAAUGUCACGAUGAAGAACGUGCCAGAGAUUUCUUAUCUGUCACCGACAGGAUGUCAACUAAAUUUUUCAUAUGUUAUAAUCUAAGUGUAUAUUCAAAGCUAUAGUCUGAGAUAAUGGUCCAAUCUGUUAUCAUUUUGCUAAUCUAUUAUAGUUGAUUAUUGUAGUUACAAUGUUUCUAUAUGUUUGUGAAGUACUAUAUAAAAUGUCUGUUCAUUCAAACUUCAAUCACAGAAGUUAGAAGAUGGAGAAAGAAUUAUAUUUUUAUUUGUCCUACACAAUGCCAUCUACAUCUCUUCUCUUAGGAACUGUGAUUGUAACAAUGUGGUGGCAUUUGUUAUUUCAUAUGACUUAUCUAUAUUCUCACUUACUUACAAACUAUUACCAACAGCAUGCAUUUUAGUAUGGCAGAUAAAAGAAAUUUAUGUGAUAUUUCCUUAGAAACCAAAUGAUAUCAAAUUGGGGAAAUGGUUUUAACCCACUCUACAAGGGAUACUUUAAAAUAUAAUUUGGCACCUAUAGCUCUUGCAUUUUAAUGUUCUUUUAAGCUGCUAUUUGGAAGAAGGCAACUUAUAACUGGCCAUUAGCACCAAAGCAUCAAUCACAUUGGUAUCAGGAUUAUGUUGAUGGAGAGAAUGUCAUCAUUUGCAAAUAAAUCAGUUAUCUAACAAAAUCAGAAUCCCCCAAUAUGUACUCAGAAUGUACUACCCUGUAUCUUCUUUGUGGACCUUAAUAAUUAGGUAUCAUUGACCAUAAUAAAAAAUAAUAAUAUGCCUCAGAAACAUAGUAGUUGGAUCUCUUGUCUAUAUAAUAUAGAGAAGGGGAAGAAGACAUAGCUUCCAGGUAACAUGGGACCCAACUGCCUACAGUCUGCCUUUAUUCAUCUCUUGCUCUAUAUUUUAAGUAAUCUUGGAUUUUCCUUUUAAUAUCUGAUUAUGUGGAAUCAAGUGAGCUUUGAUCUGGGACUCUGAGACAGACAUUGAUGCCUGAGAUUUGAGGGUGGGUCCGUAGGUUCAGCACUUCAAAUGUUAUUUCUCACAGUCUUGCACUCCUUCCUCUUGUCCAGUGACAAUGGUGUCAGGACACAGUAGUUUAGUGUGAAUGUGCAUGUCUCUCCAGGAAAAGCAAAGCAAAAGAGAAUAACAACUUAAACAAAAUCUCAUUCACAAAGGGAGCAAGACUUUUAACUUUGCAAAUGCCUCUAAAGAGUUCUAGCAAUAUAAAGCGAAAUUAAAUUGAUAGAUAACAAAAGGCAAAGCCAUGGAGAAUUCUGAAAACCCCACCAGGCAUUGUGUUUUGUACAGAAUCAUAUUGCUGCUGAACAAAACGGUGUGUGUAUCUAAAGUCGUAAGGCAUCAAGUAGGAGCUCAAAAUUAUGACCAUCAUUAAAUAUAUUUGUGGAAGUCUUCUUGGGUUCCAGACUUUCUGAGGGCAAGUGUUGUGGAUGGUUAAGGCAAAAAGUAAAACUUUUACACACAGGUUUCUGUCUUGUCAUUUUGAGAAUGACUCAGCCCAUUCUAGACCCUUUCUUACUCCAUUCUGUCCCUAGAAACUAUCUCACCCCUCAAGCCUGGCCACAGCAAACAGCAUUCUCUCUUCACUUCUGAACCCAGAAUGGCUACAGAAAGGGUUGCUGGUGCCUCAUUCAGGCAGAUAGGAAGGACCACACACAGUCAGGCCUGAGUAACAAUGUACUUUUGAAGUGUAGUAAUGAACUGGACGUGCCGGGGCAUUAAUUAUGUCUGCAGCUUCUCCCUCUGCUCUUUCUUCAAAACCCAGUCUGACUCCAAGCACUUCAUGCAACUUCACUGAAUGUUCCUUUGAAAUUAAUUAUAAAUGACUCUGAACAGGCUUUGGGUAGUACUAGAUGCCUUUCAGCCGACAAUAUCUAGAAACUCAAGUCCAAGAACCAAGCCCUAUAUCGUAGCUUAGUUGUUUCUACUGUUAGAUUAUAGACCUUCAACUACAAAAAUUAUGUCAUUUCAGAGGCUUCUAUAAGCAUAGCCUAAUAGAUCUAGCCCAAAAAUCAUGAUGCGUAAGAGACUGAAUUAUUAAGAUUUAACAUAUUUCUAAACAAUUUAUGGGCAGCUCUUGAUAUGAAUAUUCCUAAACCACAACCAGCUGGUUUAACAUACACAUAAAUUGUGUUCACGUGAUUGAACAAAAUGUAUCGUUAAAUGGGAAGUUGACCCCAGGUAUGGACUCAAUUUCAAGAUCCUCGUGGUGGUGAAUGAAGAGCAGACACUGAUAUUAUGUACAGAUUAACAUAAUCUUGUCAGGCUAUAUUGAGAUAGUGUGCAAAAUUCCUUCCUCACACUUGAUCCAAACAAUUGAAACCUACAUAUUACUGUUCUUCCAUCCUUUGUUUUCUUCCUUCCUUUAUUCCUUCUUUAAUUAAAAAAAGUCAUUGAUACAUUUAUAACACAGGAAGUAUCACAGCUAAUCUCAUAUUCUAAAAUAGUUUUAUAAAGUGAUUACUAUUUUUAGUUUGUGUAUAUGUAUAUGUGUGUUUAUUGAAUGUAGAUGUUUCAUUAUUGAAAGAAAUAAGUUUCUUUGGAAGGAAAGAGAAGUUUGUGUCUUUAUUUCUAAUAUGUUAUAACCAGAUCAUGGUUUCAGUUAAGCACUUCAUUGCCAUUCAAUCCUUAUUAAGAAAUGACCAGCCGGGCACGGUGGCUCACGCCUGUAAUCCCAGCACUUUGGGAGGCUGAGGCGGGCGGAUCACGAGGUGAGGAGAUCGAGACCAUCCUGGCUAACAUGGUGAAACCCUGUCUCUGUUAAAAAAUACAAAAAAUUAGCCAGGCGUGGUGGCGGGCGCCUGUAGUCCCAGCUACUCGGGAAGCUAAGGCAGGAGAAUGGCGUGAACCCAGGAGGCAGAGGUUACAGUGAGCUGAGAUCGCGCCACUGCACUCCAGCCUGGGCAACAGAGAGAGACUCCGUCUCAAAAAACAAAAAAAAAAAAACAAAAAACAAAAAAAAAAAACAACGAAUGACCUAGUUCAGUGGUUUAACUGAUCUGCUUGGAAGUAUCUGGCUGGCUUCAUAAGAAUUCCGUAGGGAGUUUUAGGAAUACAGAAGACUAGUCUUUACCUUCAGAGAUUUGAAUUCAGUAGGUCUCGGGGAGGGCCUAGGAAUCUGUGUUUAGAAAAUCAGUAAUGCUAAUAUACAGCCAGACUUGGGAAUCAUUGAAAAGUAUUCAAAUAAUCUCAAUUACUAGGAGUAAAUACAAGCUAACGAGGAUAGUAAUGUUAUUUCAUUUGUAGUUAUUUUGAAAAGUUAAAUACUCUAGGCCUCAUACCAUUAUUUCUUUCACAAAUUUUAGUUUUGGAUUUGAUUUCCAAAUUGUGGUCUUCUUUCUGAGCAUACAUCUUCAAACUUAGAGACAGAUGUCAACACUGAUAAGCAUGAGGGAUGAAUAUUGCUCACUAUAGGGCUAUUAGGCAUACUAGAUACAGUACUAUUUUCUUAGUUACUGCCAGAGCUGUGCGGUAUAUUGCAACAUUUGCUAAUCCUCACCACCGAGGUAAAAACUAUGACCUUUGGGACACAGAAGCAAAUAUCAAAGUGACAGCCUUACUCCUGAAUGCUUUGAUUUUUAUGUUAUGAAAAGACACCAACUUAAUAUUUAGUCUCACUAUGUACUUUUCAUAUUGAAUUGUAUAUUACCUGAAAAGGGAUUUCCAAGCAAUACCUUCUAACAACCUUUCAAGCAAUAAUUUAAGCCAUGGUGAUGAUGCCAUAUGAAGCUUGCACUUCUUUGCAUUUCAUAGAGCCUUUGUGAAAACAGAAACAUGUUUUAUACAAGCAAUAAUACAGCUGGUGUGGACUUCUUAAAGAUAUUCAUUAUUCUGUAGCAAAAUGAGCAGCAAGUAAUGACUCAGAUUAAAAAUAUCUGAGCAAAUGAUAUGCUUAAUCUAUCUCAGAAGUUAUUCAUUUGCAAACAUGCUGUAAAGUGAUUAAUAUACAUCAGAUUAUUUCUGGUGCAUAAUUUUUAAAAUGGCUAUCAAAAUAUGAUUUCUAUUCCUGUCAAAGAGAUUUGUGUAUUAUUUAUAAUGUUGCCCAAUUUUUGGAUCUUUGUAGUAUAUAAUAGUAAAGAAGAAGUUAAGGAUGGAUAAAUGAGUGGAAGUAGAGCAUAGGUUGGAAGGUUGGAAGAGAGGUGAUUGAGAAAGUAGGCUUUGCAAAAAUAUAGAUUGGUCUCGGGGCGGAUUAAUUCAAAUGUUGGUUUGAUACGGUCUUGGAAGAUGAAAGAAUAAAGAUAAAAGAGCUCAUUAUUACUGUUUUCAAUGAUAGCUACACAAGUGUUUGGUAAGUAUGAUAGUAUUUUGACUUCAGAAUAUGAUUGACUGAAAGUCACCUGUACUACAAUAAAUGUCUGAAAAUGAUUAUUCAAUAAUAUUGAAAAAACAGUAAAGCUUUCAGAUUUUGAAAUGAAAAAAAUCAUGUUUUUAGUCUUCUUAAAAUACAAUUUUAAUAGAAUGUGGCAUACUCAAUGAUAAUCAGUUCUUUAGUAGUUACAUUUACUUUUCCAUCAUUUAGAAUAAUAUAUAAGGAUCACAGCUAAAAUCAACUGGUAAAUUUAUGUUUACACUGGGCAAUAUCUAAACAUCAGAUUAUUAUUUAGCAUAUAAGCUUAGGAUUCAUUCCUAAGCACCUAAAUAAGAUGACAGCUCCUAUAAUUGCCUAGUGAGGUAAACAAUCCUCUAAACGUGAAUAUGAACACAUUUGAAUGGUGGGUGUCUUUGGUAGUAUUUUGUCUUUAACUUUUUAUUACUCAUAGCAAAACUUAAUUUAGCAUCCGCCUGCCCACAGUUUGGAAAAUUUCCCUAUCAAAAUCAAGCAGGAUUGUUGAUUCACUGAGGCUUUGACAAUUAUCCUCUUGUAUAUCACUGGAUCCUUAAAUCCUUAGUAAGAAUGGUUUUGGGUUAAAUAAAUAAUGGAAUAUAUUUAAUUUGAAUCUAUUAAAUUACACUGAAUUUAUCCUUCCAGUUAAUUCAUCUAGUUGCUGAUCGGAUUAUUCUUUAUAUUAGACUUAAGUACUUUGCUUAUUAUUUAAAAGCAGAAAAGAAAAACCAAAUGGCAGGUCUGAGUAUUAGUUUCUUUUUGAUUCUUUUGAUACGUAUUUUUAAAAUGAAGAAAUCACUUUAUAUUCAGUCUUCCUUUGUGGACUUUCUGCCAUUUGCAGAUAAAGAAGGAAUUCUACUUAAUAUGUUUUUACUGUGGUCUAUUAAAUGUCAUUAAACCUAUAUCUAACAGGAAAGUAAUAACUGGAAUAAAAUCAGAAAUGUGCAAAAUUGUUUCUUCACACCACCUCACUUUCUGAAGACAAUUCUUUGCAUUUUGCUGCCUGACAUUUACACAUCAGACUUAGGACAAAGGGACAAAUGGAGUGAGUGAGGUGGGCAGGAGCUUUAGAUGAGAUGAAGCGAAGAGAGUUAAUUUUUUCUUCAGGAAGAUGUGGAGACUCUUAAAGGAGAGGCAAUUUCUGUAACAAACACCUCUGGUUUAAUAAAAGCCAAAUUAUUUAUUUGACUACUGGUCACUCAUUUUUAAAAAGAAAAGAGAAAGACAAAAAAAGAGAAACCCUUCACAAGCCAUUUUUAGCUUUCCUCGGAGGUAGUGCCAACCUCUAGGCAGCUGCACAUCUCAGUGAAGCUGGGAUAGAAGCUUACCGAGCUACAAAUAGACACUUUCUGAAGGUGGCAGAUAGAACUAGUGUUGGUUACAAUGAUGAAGGUAAAUGAAAGUGUCAGAACAUCUGGGUUGAAGGAACAAAGAAGGCCAAAUACCAGCUCUGCCAUAUGCCACAGAAAACCCUACUAAAAUUAGCACAGAAAAACAGACUAACAGUAUGCAAGUGAUAUUAAAACAAACUAUAUUUUUUCCUUUUAUAACAUGCCUGGCUGAGCUAGCAUUCAGUGAGAAGAAUACACUUUUGUCUCAUGCAUCAUUUGAAAAAAAAUUGUUGUUCUGACAUUAAAGAAAUUAUAUAUUCCUUUAUAGUUGGAAAAUUUAAUCACAAAUAGGAAAUAUUUAUUUUGUGUUCUGAAAUUUGUAAACUUCUUUUGGGAGCUGUACUCUAUGUCAUAUUCUUCUUCACACUUUUCUCAAAUUGGGUUUGGCUGCUAGCAAGACAAGUGUGGAACUUUAGAGCAGAAAGAUGUCCAUCCAUCCCUUAGAGAAUGUGCCAGAGUAUUUGAGCUGGAGAGAGAAUCACCCCGUAGCACUUAAUGGUUUUCUGUGAGACAUGAAGACUCUAGUUUUCUAAACUUAAAAGUGGUUGGGUAGUAUCUUAAUCAUCAAAGAUUUUUCACUUACAUGUAACUGGUUAAUUCAUGCAGAGUUUGUUUAGAACAGAAACUUUAAAAUGAGGGAACAAACCUGAGCAAUUUUCAAUCAAAAUUAUCAGUUAGAAGAAGAAUUUAAGACAAAGAUUUAUUGUCCUGAGUCAACUUACUCAUAUCCAAAACUUAGAAUGUGAGAGACUUUUGAAAGUUUUCUGAAUGUAUCAUGUUCUUCAGCAAUGAGAAAUACAAUUAAUUUUGUUUCUAGGUUCCUUAGAGUUUUAUCCUCUGAUGAUAACAUCUAAUUGUGAAUUACAUUUAAGUGAUUUUUACUUUAUAUUUUCCACUUGUUGCAGAAAAAAAAAAUGUCCUAAAUAUGACAGACUUACAAAUCAUGGCAUUGAGCCAGGGUUUGCAAAUUUGGCAAUAUUAUUUUACUUAAACUAUUACACUUUUUAAAAUAAUAUAAGCAUUAAGGAUAACAGUCAAAUAAUACUGUAUUUUCAGCUUGUUCACAUUAGAAUAUAGAACAAUGCAUUGUAAACUCGGAAUAAAAUCUAAUUCUAAACCAAUUUAUGUUCAAAUCAUUUGAACAAUAAAUAUGAAUAUUGCUACAUCACCUCUGACUAAUAAGAAACUAUGCAUUUCCAUACCCAAUGAAACCUCAGUUUCUACAGCAAUUCUACUUUUAUUGCCUCCCAAGAAGUAUUUCUUCAUGGUCAAUGUAACUCUUUAAAGGCUAGCAAAUGAAUAUGACUUUCUUCUGAGGUUUGGGUGAUCUGGAUCAAUAUGUAUGUUUCUAACCACUUGAAAGGCUGUCUCCUGUUUUAGCCUUUUAAGUUAAAAUUUCCAUAAAAUGAAGCAAAAUAUGAAAACACCUAGUUGAUUUAUCAGUAACGUGAAACCCUCCUUCUGAAUUUUAUUGGUAAAAAUUACCACACUGAAACCAAAACUUAACCUUGGCUUGGACUCUCAAAUAAAUUGCUUUUGUAUUCUUUGACUACAAAGUAUUCUCAAAAAGAAGAAAUUAUUUCCGAUGGUAGAUCAAACUCUAGCCAAGAAGGUCUAGAUAACUAGAGGAGUGUAUAAUUAUCUAAAGUAAUUCAGGGGGAUUUUUAGGAAAAAAUCUGUUUUUGUAUAAAAAUUAUUAGUAAUGGAUGGCAGCCCAAAUUACUAUUCCUCUUUUAAAAUUUGUUUCAAGUGUGUCACCAGGCACUCAUAAAAUUCAUUUAUUUGUUAUAUGACCCAAUAACCCGAAAUAAUAGGUGCUCGUUGCUUUUUCUUUUGAUCAUUAAAAACACCUUUAUUCUGUUUAAAAAAAAUUAUCCUACUAAAAUGCAAAUGAUUACCUGGCUAUAGGAGGAGUCCCAUUUUAUGAGCAUGUAUGAAAUAUUUAGCUGGAUUCAGCUGGAAUGCAACUUAGAGAAAGGAAUGGAUACCAGUAGAGAAAUGGAAAGAGACAGAAAAAUCAAACUUUGCUUACAUCAAAAUUAGGUCUGUAGUCUAAUCCUGUUAAGCUAUAAGAAAGCUGAAAAUAGAUAAGGAUAAAUAAUAGAUUUUUAAACAAAGUAUUUAUAUUUAAUAGAAUGUCAUAAAAAUGACAGAAUGCCAUGAAAUUCAGCAUGUCAAAACUUUGAUAAAACAAACAAUAAAUAUGCUAAUUAGAGUGAAUAUUUAAAGGGACAAAAAACUUGUCACAUCAUAGAUGUCUCCCCAUUGCAGAAUUUAUUAUCUGCUGGGAAAAUUUGGUAUUAUGUCUUCAAUCAAUAUUUGCUGCAUUAUCUAAUUAAACAUUAGUAUAGUCUUUGUGCUAAUGAGAAACCAUGCAAGAGUCCAAAUAUCAAGUGUGGCUAUAACUUGAAUCAAUUGAGUUUGGUGUUCCUGAAUAAAAUUCUUGAUGAAUGUAAAAUGAAUGGGUUGUAUAUAUAGGUUUUAUGUGCAGUAAAUAAAUUAGGCUUUAAAACUUGUUAGCAUGCUUAGCACCUCUUUUUUCCAUUGUCUUUCCUUCCUUCCUUCCCUUCCUUCCCUUUCUUCCUUUCCUUCCCUCCCCUCUUUGCUUUCUUUCUUUCUAGCUCUUAGAAGAUAAAUGACAAUAGUACUUUACUAUUGGGGCUGAGGCCUCCCUUUUUCACUUUCACAUGAUUGAGCACUUUGUGGAUUUGUGAGGGAAGGGGAAAGAUGAGCAUGUAGAUAUAGAUCAGUUGAGGAUAGAAGUGACAGAGAGAAUUGGGACCUUGACUUCCAGAGACUGUCAGUCAAGAGAAAUGUGGGUCUAUACAAAUCUAUGUGUGUCCAUUUUCAUUGAAUUUAAACACUUUUUCAAGAAGUAUCAGGGUCAAUCUGUAUGGCCAGUCUCCUAUUUUUACCCCCUACAAAUGUCUUAAGUUAGAAAAACCUCUUAUUUUCAAGUAGCCAUUUUUUUUUAUGUGAGUACCACACUGCUAAAAGACUGAAAUAGAAAAAAAAUGCUUUUUCUAUUUGUAGGGAAAUUGCUUUCUGAAAACUACUCCCAAUAAGGUGUAUACAUCAAAAGCAACUUGAUUUUCCUGGCUCUUCAUCUAGAGAUAACUGAUGCACUGUCUUCUUUCUUAGAUACCCCUCUGUAAUUCAGCUUGGCAUAGUAUGAUGUUUUGAGUUCUUAUUGAGGGUUUGGAAACAUUUGUCAUCAAUUUUAUGUCUACUCUAUUGAAAAAGCAAUACACAGUGUAUUCCAUAUUUCUUAGCUCUGUGUCUUUGAGGUUUUAAACCUAUAUUCAGAUAGCUGUUUUUAGCUACAAUUUUGAGUAUUCACCAGAAUUUACAAAUUGCCAUUUUAUUAAAUACAAAAAAAGAAAAAUACAGCUUGGAUCAAGAGAUCAAACAUUUACAAAUCUCAAUCCAAAGCCAUUAUUUUUCAGGGAAAAUUAAACCAUUUCUCGCAGAGUAUUUGAUUCCUAAGGGAAAAUAAGUCAAAUAUCUUCUUUAAGAGUAAGGGUAUUCUUCCAUUGUAGGUACUUCUCAUUGACUUUAUAAUAAUUUGAACAAAUCUUGAACAAGAUUUAAAGAAUCUAUGAUCUCCCAAACUUAAAAUUGUAUUCUUUCUGGCUUUUUAUUUUCAGGUAUUAAGAUUAUAUUCAAACCACUUUACAAAUUAUCUUCAUAAGUUUGUGUUAAUUAAUAGAAAAUUAUACAGGGAAAAAAACAUGAUUAGUUCCUCUGUGGAAAGAUAUGCUUCAGUGAGUUAAAUACCCUUGAAUUUUGGUUCUCAUUUCGUAUUUGGACUUUUUUGUUAUGUACCUCAGGGGUCUUAAAUUCUAACAGACGAGGUAGUCAAAGAAAGGGGUAUAAAAUAUUUGAAAAAAAAUUAAAACUUCAAAAGCAAUGAAUUUCUCUGUUAACUUUUGUUUAUCCUAUAUUGACUUAUUUUGAAAUUGUAAAAAAACAGGCAGCUACCAUAUAAAUCGGUACCUAUGAAAAUACUGAUUACUUUCUUCCUGUGAUUUUCAAUGUUAAGAAAACCUUUGUCUUGAAAUGAUAGACAAUCUUAAUACGUGUUCAGAUAAAGAAAUAUGAUUUUCAAUACCUUUACCAUUUUUAUUUCUUUAGGGAAAUAUUUUAAUAAUGAUUGUAAAAAUAGAAGAAAUAUGGUUGAGAAAAACAGAAGAAAUUAAGAUGAAAUUUGAACAGCUGUAAUCCACAGUCCCAUUUUUCCCUCUAUUUUAUUGCCUUCUACUGAGUUAUCGAAGGCCCAGAUCUGCAAAAUUUACAAGCUACUAAUUCAUUGUCUCCUUUAAGAAUUUGGAGCAAAAAUUACUCCAACUAUGCGGAAAUCGAUUCACAUCAUCAUGGCAGGUUUUGACUAUGAGGGAAUUCAGGUUAGAGUCAAAUAGAAUAAUGGUCCAUGGAGAACAAUACUUUCUGAUUUUUCUUCAAGUUGGAUGAAAAGCUUUUUCUUCAUUUUAAAAAAAAAAAAAAAAAAAAAAGUCCUCCUGAGAAUUUUGCCUUCGAAAAAGUCAGAAGUUUUAUAACAGCUGCCUGUAGCUACAUUAUAACUUCAGUAAUCAAGUGACAAAACUGUCUCAUUAUGCUUUUAAAAUACUGAUUAAGUGCAUUCCAGAAAUAAUACAUAUCAUUCUUCAUUUCAAAAUCAACCUACCUGAGUUCUGACUCUUCAAAUGCGUGUAGCCAUUUUACAAAACCAAAGGGUCUCAUUUCCCAAACAGUACUUUAAAUAUCUAACUUAAUCCUAUUAAUACUCAUAUCAAUGCACAAAAUAAACAGCCAAGGCAGUUCCAUCAAGUCUUCAGGCACUACAUAAUAAUAAAUAGGUUUCCAAAAUCACUUAAUAAAAACACAGUUAUAAUGUGCUCGGCCUUCAUUAGCAUCCUCUGCAUGGGGUGGUCUUCAUUUAACCUGAAUUAUUUUAACAUUUUAGCUAAUUUGUUUGCUGCAAUUUCAUGGGUCUAAAUUUUUGGUUUGGCUUGCAAUGUAAAUUAUAUUGUACAUCUGCUCCUCUGUUAUUAGAUUUACUUUGUGAAUAAUAUCUUUUAAAACUUGAGUUAUCAAAAACUUAAAUUAUGAUGUCAUCAACUAAUACCAGGUAAAUAUACUAAUAUAUAUGUAGGGCAUGAUUAAAUUGCAUAUAUUUUGAAAUGUCAAACUAUUUUUUGUUUUUUAAAAAAAUGAAUGCAUCUCUUAAACCUGUACCAUUCAUUUUAAAAGUUUCAUUUGGUAUUUCAUAUUAUAUUUUAAAAUAUUUUUCUGUAUCUAGUAGUACAGGUUUAAAGAAACUUUUUCUGAUUGAAAUGAUAAAAUAUGCCUCAUUUCACUAGAAUUUUAAGAAUACAUGUAAAAGUAUAACUCAUAUAGAAUUAUAAAUAUCCACAAUAUCUUGCUUUUCAUGUAACACCACUUUUUACUUAUUCUUUUGUUAUUAUUCUAAAUCAUCCACAAUGUAAAUAGCAUGUUUCAUGAUGUAAAAUGUCUUUGUAUUUACAGACUGCAGCACAAGGUGAAUUUGUAUAUGAAAAAUGAGUGAUGGAAAUUUGGGAUUCUUAUAAAACAAAGUGGAAAUGAUCGUUGUGUGUUAUAUUUACAUAAUUCAUUACAAAAUUGUCUAGUUAAGUCAUGCAUUUAUUUACCUUAAAAAUGUCCAAACUGUCACUUAUAAAAUAUUUAAAUCAAUAAAUAAUACCAAAAUGGAGUCUGAA